GGCAGCAGCAACACGGCGCGAUGUGCUCGCGGCGUUCACGAAGAAAAUAAAAUUUAUUUUUGUGUUUAGAUAACAAAGUAUAGUUAUUAUUUGUUAAAUUUCUUCUAUUUUGAAACUGUGAUUCAGUAAUGGGUAAACCAGAGUUUAACGGCGGUCGUGGCGGCGGUCGCGGUGGUGGCCGUGGAGGCGGUGGGUUCCGCGGGGGCGGCCGAGGCGGAGGUCGAGGGGGCUUCGGCGGCGGACGCGGCGGCGGCGGCGGCAAGUUUGAGAAGCGCGGCGGGGGCGGCGGCCGAGGAUUUGGAGGCGGCCGUGGAGGUCCAAGAGGGAGAGGCCGCGGAGGCGGCGGUGGUGGCUUCAAAGGAGGCAAACAAGUCGUCCUGGAACCCCAUAGACAUCCCGGAGUAUUCAUAGCUAGAGGCAAGGAAGACGCAUUGGUGACGAAGAAUUUGGUGCCCGGAUCCGAAGUUUACGGAGAAAAGAGGAUAUCGGUUGAGAACGAAGGAGAGAAGGUGGAAUACAGAGUAUGGAAUCCGUUCAGAUCGAAGUUGGCUGCGGCUAUCAUGGGUGGUGUGGACGCUAUCCACAUGCCACCGGGAUCCAGAGUCCUGUACCUAGGAGCCGCUAGUGGAACAACAGUCAGCCAUGUUUCCGACAUUGUUGGACCGGAAGGUUUAGUGUAUGCUGUGGAAUUCUCGCACAGAUCCGGCAGGGAUCUUAUAAAUGUUGCUAAGAAGAGGACUAAUAUUAUUCCAAUUAUUGAAGAUGCUAGACAUCCAUUGAAAUACAGAAUGCUAGUAGGCAUGGUGGACACGAUAUUCGCUGACGUAGCGCAGCCGGACCAAGCUAGAAUUGUCAGUCUGAACGCUCAGCACUUCCUCAAGAAUGGAGGACAUUUUGUUAUUUCCAUUAAGGCAUCGUGCAUAGACUCCACGGCACAACCCGAAGCGGUGUUCGCAGCGGAAGUGAAGAAAUUACAAGCGGACAAACUGAAACCACAGGAACAGCUAACGUUAGAGCCGUAUGAAAGAGACCACGCUGUCGUGGUAGGCGUGUUUAGACCGCCGGCGAAAAAGGCGUGAAUGUAGGGUUCAAUUUUAAGUAAUUUUUAAGUGAAACGUAUAGGAAAUAUUCAGCGAAUUAGCAAUUGCUUUUUUUGUCUUGUUUGCUUAGCCUGGUGUAAUAUGGCAAAGGCCUUAAGGGUUAUAGAGCCAGGUUCUGCCAAAAACCAGAAAACGAAAUGCAUUUUUUUUUUCAAAAUUAAAAAAUAGCAAAUGUCAAUUUACUGAUUAUUUCUUAUGCUUUAGGCUAAGAUUUUCUUGAUGAAAAUGUUUUUGUUUCAUCGGCGCUUGAGUAUUUGACCAGUAACGUGGAACCUUAGAGGGAAUAUAAAAUAGAGGUACACUGAGCGUACACCCGUAAGGGACAGAAACAAAUGUAAAUCAAAUAUGUGGUGUUACCAGACAUGUAAAAAAUUACCCUAUUUGUUGGAACUUGAUUUAUAUACUUACGACUCGGGCAAAAAUAGAAUAAUGAUGUGUUCAAUGAUUUGCAGUUAUGUUUAAUGUAAAUAAUAAUAUGAUGAAACGAAAGUCGUAAGUCAAAGUCGUUUAUUCAUUGUUGUUUAAUUAUCAUAGACAAAACUUGUAGAUUAACUUCUUUUUAGUCUAUGUUGUUUGGUAUGAUAUUAUGGAUGAGGGAGUCUUAUAUUAUGUAUCCCAUGUAUGUCUUCUAGCAAUUUUUCCGCCGAUUAUACCAUGUAAUUUCUGAGCUACUUUUUGUAGGACGUGUGGGUUGUAUUACUGCAAUCAGUAAGGUCUAUUUUAACCUACAAAAAAUCUGUUAUUGAUUUAUCGAAUUAUCAGUUGUGGGCGGGUAGCCUAAUAGUAGAUAUGUUACUAGCUAAUCUGAGCGCCGGUCAAAGAAAAUAGUUAUAAAAUACGUUAUUUUACUACCUCUAGUGUAAGUGACAUACUGGAUACGUGGCGAUGUAUGUUUAUAUAAUUUUAAGAGAAUGAAAUAUAUGGUGCGAAUGACUACAA